GAGGCUGGCGGAUCGGCGUGCACAUUCCUCCCCCAUUACCUCACACUCGGCGAAGGGGCCGCCGGGAUAGUGGAGGACCUGCGCUCUGUGCCGCCUUGCUUCAGCUCUCUCUGUGUAGCCGGCGGCGAGCCCGGGAUUCCUCUUCCGAUUUCGCUGUGCGGUUUCCCCCCUUCCCCUCCCCCCGCCCCCGGGCCGCCUCGUCCUCCCCUGCCCCGCUGGGUCCACUUCUCCGGCUCUCGCCCGCCUCGGCCCAUGGCUCCAUGAAGCGCGGGGCAGUCGAGGUGGCGGCGGCGGCGGCGCUGGUGGCGGCGGCGGGGAGGCAAGAGCAGGAGCGGCGGCGGCGGCAGCGCUGGUGGCGGCGGCGUUGGUUGGGCUGAAACGGCGAACUGGGGAAGGGAGCCGUCUCCGCUCCGGGGAGAGAGAAGAUUUGGGGAACAGGAAUGGGCCGUGAGAAAAGAAAAUUCAUUCCAGAUAUAAAAUAGCUUCCCGUUCCACUUGUCCAUCUCCCCCCUUGGCAAUACAAGGUUUCUGCUUUCAGGUUCUACAGUACUCCAGACAGCAAGUGCUGAAUCAGGAUGGGAAAAAGACGCUGUGUUCCUCCACUUGAGCCCAAGUUGGCAGCAGGCUGUUGUGGGGUAAAGAAACCCAAAUUGUCUGGAAGUGGAACACACAGCCACGGGAAUCAAGCCACAACCGUGCCAGUCUCUAGUUCAGGUCCUCUUCAGAACCACCAGCAUGCAGAUGGGGGCAAUGGAAGGGAGAACGUAUCAGAUUUGACUUUAUGCCCUGGAAACUCUCCAAUUACGCGAAUGAAUCCCACUUCAGGAGCAUUGAGCCCACUCGCCCGGCCUAAUGGAACUGCCAACAGCACCAAAAACCUAGUGGUGACAGCGGAGAUGUGCUGCUACUGCUUUGAUGUACUCUACUGUCAUCUUUAUGGUUUCCCUCAGCCAAGACUUCCUCGAUUUACCAAUGACCCCUAUCCACUCUUUGUGACAUGGAAGACAGGGCGAGACAAGCGACUUCGGGGCUGCAUCGGAACUUUCUCUGCCAUGAAUCUUCACUCAGGACUCAGGGAAUACACAUUAACCAGUGCACUUAAGGACAGCAGGUUUCCACCCCUGACUCGUGAGGAGCUGCCUAAACUUUUCUGCUCUGUCUCCCUCCUCACUAAUUUUGAGGAUGCCACUGACUACUUGGAUUGGGAGGUGGGAAUCCAUGGAAUCAGAAUUGAGUUCAUCAAUGAGAAAGGUGUCAAACGCACAGCAACAUAUUUACCUGAGGUUGCUAAGGAACAAGAUUGGGAUCAGAUUCAGACAAUAGACUCCUUGCUCAGGAAAGGUGGUUUUAAGGCUCCAAUUACCAAUGAUUUUAGGAAAACUAUUAAACUCACCAGAUACCGCAGUGAGAAGGUGACAAUCAGUUAUGCAGAAUACAUGGCUUCUCGUCAGCAUUGUUUUCAGAAUGGCACUCUUCAUGCCCCGCCCCUCUACAAUCAUUACUCCUGACACAAGGCUGCAUGACCAGUCCCGCCCCCCAGCUACCACUAACGGCUAUGACAUCAUUGGGGCAGAUGCCUCCUCUUCCUGGUCCAGUUACUUCUAUUACUGCACCAUUUUAUGAUGCUAGCUUCCGUUGCCAAGUCUGCCUUCCAGCUGACUGAGGGAUGGGGGAUACCAGUGAGUGCAACUGAACUUCAAGGGGCCCAUGCCUUUCCUCAUCCUUCCUUCAGAAUGAGGGUUCAGUUGGACUGAGGCUCCAAGACUAACAGUUGCAGUUGGGUAGAGAGAACCUUGAGGAACGGCAGUACAGCUUCAGAUUGCUCUGUGUGUUAAAUUGCACUGUGUUCAUUUGAAUUGUUAAUUGUGACAGCCCCCUUGAUUAAGUAGGAGAGUUCUCCUGGCAGUCUGGGCAACGGAGUACAACAACAUAUUUUUAGGUUAUUUUUAAUUUUUUUAACCUCUGAUAUUUAUCUACCAUGAGCUGAUUAGUCCUUAUACACCCCAGGCAAGCAGAUGACAUGACGCGUUACAAGGAUGUAUGUCAGCAGAGAUUCCUCCCUCCUCCUCUUCGCAGAAGAUGGCAAUUGAAAGGGGAAACAAAAUUUACUGCAGAUGAAAUUUACUGCGUGCACAAAUCCAGGAGGGUUCAGUUCUCACACCUAGCUGCUCUUGGUUUUGACGAAGAAGGAAAGUAGCCCACUAGAUAGGACAGUAAUGCAUAAAUGAAGGUGAACUGCUCUGGGUUAUGUUUGAGAGUAGCUUGCGUUUCCUUGUCUCCUGGAAGUACAAUCUCCCUCUCCUUUGGGGGUUUUCCCUGGGUUUCUAACUUGAAAUACAAGCAGCAUGGUCUGCUGUUGGAUUGGGGCUGAUAUUAUUCCCCACAAAGCCAUCGUUAAAGCAAUUCAAAAAGGACGUGAAAAUUGUGUAUAGGGAACACUCCAUGGGACCUGUGUUUAACUGGCAGCAGUUUUAUUUAGCAUGACCCUGAUACCCAGGUAAUGAAAUACACAGUAAAUGUUAGCCUUUAAGUGGUUAUCUAAUAUAGGUGCCAUCGCUGCACUGGUGCUUCAAUACUAGAUACAUAUAAUUGGAAGUCAUUCAGAUUGAUUUAAAAGUAUAUAGCCUCCAGAUAAGUGUACUUAGAACUGGAACCUAAGGAAUAUUUUCAACCCAUACCUCCCCAACCCACCCCCGCAAAGUUAACUCACAACCAUGUUUAACUAUCCUGUGGAUUUUAAAAUUGCCCUUCCUAUUGUUGCUGAAUAGCCGGUACAUCAAAUCAUAACUGGAAAGCUCUUUUUUCCCAUUCAACUAUCCUAAUUCUCCUGUGUGAGUCACUAUGUGUUAUCAUGAAUGCAGGCAUUCUUAAAUGAAUCCACAGGGACUAGAAAAUGGUAGUGCAGGACUUGUGGAAAUCUUGGUAAUCAGCAUUGAUAGAUUAAAAAAAAAAAACAGGUGGAGAGCACAGCAUUAUGAGAAUUUGAUACCUUAUAUGCAGUAUGUGUAAGGACAGUAGCUUUUAUGGAAGGCUUAUGGGAAGCCAGGAAUUAUCUGGGAAUUAUCUUUUACUGUGGGAUGCAAGUUUCCAGAUUCUUGGUGAAUGAACAUUGCCCCGGUGGGGAGGGUGAGGGGAGAUUAAUGCCUUCUAUCUUGAAGCAAAGCCUCAAAGGCAGACUGAAUAGAUGUUGGAUUACUGGAGAGGUAGACAUGAAUAGCCCAUAUGAACUGGUGAGCAAUAUUUGCCAGUAUCUGGCUUGGUUGCAUCAAAGUGAACUGCUGGCUAGAAGAGGGCAAUCAUAUUAUCUUCCUGGCAAAAGGACUGUUCAGAGAAUCUAGGAAGCCUCCAAAUUACUUGUUUUUCUACCACUAUUCCUCCUGUCUCAGAAGAAAACCUAACCUUGAAAUUUUGCUUGUCAAUGAACACAUAUCUAGAUGGUUAUGGGUGGGAAUGAGAGAGAGAGGACCUCAUAUUCCAGAUAUCUGCAGUACUGCCCCAGCUUUGGUUUUGUAUCAGAUCAUUUGUAUGGAUUACCACUUUUUCCCUUCUAAUGAUGAUGAAAUGUGUUUGAAUGUGAAGGGACUGUUUCAUGAUUUCCUGCUACUGAGAAUAAAUCAGUCUUCUUACAAAUUAGAGUGAUUUGUAGUUAAUGUUCCAGGUGCCCUGGACUGAUGGGAGAUUGUAGAUGGGAGAGGAGAGUUCAGCUGUGGUCAUGCCAUCCAUCUCUGCUCUCAGACAGUAUUGAAACAUAGGGCUACACUAAUUACUAUUCAAGUGUUCUACUUUAGAAUUUAAAUUGUAAAGAUUUUUUUAAAAGAAAAAAAAAAUGGUGCUAAUCUUUCACCCCUGAGCACAUUCGGUGAGACUGGUCAUGCAGGCAUAUAGUGCCAGGCUAUUCAAUAUUGCUUUUUUUAAAAAAAAUGUUUGCCCUGUUACGUGUCUUCAACAGUGUAUAGUGUUAAUUAUUUGGUUUCAUUUUAAUGGGUGUGGGAGUUCAGGAGCCAGGUGGGGACCUUAGUUGCCAUUUUAAAGAACAGACUUUUAGGAAUGACUUGACCUACUUGGUUUAAUUUAACCAUUUCACUGAAGUAAGCUAAAUUGGUUUUGGAGUGAGAGGUGGUCUCAUUCCCUGCCCUUAUUUCCAUCCAACCACCUAGUCUGUAUAAAUGGAAAUGCCUCUGUUAAAGUUGGAUUGUGGUGUUUUCUUGUACUAAGUGGAACAGCAAGCAGGCCAUGAAGCACGAAAUAGUCCUGAGAAAUGGGUACAUUCAGCAUUGGUCUCAUAAUGGAGUUCAGUUACAGUAUCUUUGAACAAGUGUGUUAGUUGUGUCAUUCCUGCAAAAUGUAUGGGGUAGAAUAAGUCGUCUGCAGAAUAUGACACUAUAUUUGGCUCAUACAUAGCAGUAAUGCACCAAGAUGAGCCAACACUGAUAUUUGAAUGAUGUGGGAACCAACAAAAUAGCUAAAAGAGAACCGCCUGUUCUGGAGCCGUAACCAGUUGUAUUUUUCAGCUGAUUAGUGAGUAGCAGGAUUGUAUAAAGACCUUAGCAAUAGUCUUCUGGUCUGAUUGGGAACUGGCUCAUCCUUAGCUACAAGCAAGUGCCUUUUGGUCUAGAUGGGUUUAUUUCAAGACAACUGUAGUUGGGAAUCUUCCUUGCUGCAGCCAUGUAUCUUUAGUGUUUGGUUUUGUUUUUGUUUUUUCUCUCCAGCAGAUAAUGUCUUUGAUCACUGGAGUCUCACUGUUUCCCCCACCCCUUUUCAUAAUGACAACGAGCCUAUCUUGAUAGAGGCAUUUUGGUCAGAAAGAUUUUAUGGUCAGAAUAUCAGAUCAGCAGAAAACUGCAUCUGAAGACCAUAAAGGCGAAGUAAUCUGUACAUUUCAACCAAAAUUUUAAGUUUUGCACAUAAUUGUUUUCCCCGAUUCAUUGUUAACAUUGCAGUCUUCAUUGACUGCUGUUUUGUUUAAUUUCUAGCACCAAAAUGAGUGACAUUUUGGGGUUGUUAUUUUUCUUUUGUUUUUCCUUUAAAGCAAGGAAUUUCUUUUGACCUUCAAUGCAGAGAUGUCAGACCAAUUCUUUGUUAUUACACUUGGUUGCCUCCUAGCUAUAUAACUUCUGGGUGUAAAUCAUUGAACUUUACCCUCUAAUGAAGUAUUGUAGAAAAUAAAUUGUAAUGGAUACA